AUGGGCCACACCGUGGACCACACCAUGGGCCACACCAUGGACCACACCAUGGGCCACAUCAUGGACCACACCAUGGGCCACAUCAUGGACCACACCAUGGGCCACAUCAUGGACCACACCAUGGACCACCACACCGUGGGCCACAUCAUGGACCACACCAUGGACCACACCAUGGACCACACCGUGGACCACACCAUGGACCACACCAUGGGCCACACCGUGGACCACACCGUAGGCCACACCGUAGGCCACACCAUGGGCCACAUCAUGGACGACACCGUAGGCCACACCAUGGACCACACCAUGGGCCACACCAUGGACCACACCGCGGGCCACACCGCGGGCCACAUCAUGGACCACACCGUGGACCACAUCAUGGACCACACCAUGGACCACACCAUGGACCACACCGCGGGCCACAUCAUGGACCACACCGUAGGCCACACCGUGGACCACACCAUGGGCCACACCGUGGACCACACCGUGGGCCACACCGUGGGCCACACCGUAGGCCACACCGUGGACCACACCGUAGGCCACACCGUGGACCACACCGCAGGCCACACCAUAGGCCACACCGUGGGCCACACCGUGGACCACACCGUGGACCACACCGUAGGCCACACCGUGGGCCACACCGUAGGCCACAUCGUGGACCACAUCAUGGGCCACACCGUGGACCACACCAUGGACCACACCGUAGGCCACACCGUGGACCACACCGUAGGCCACAUCGUGGACCACAUCAUGGGCCACACCGUGGACCACACCAUGGACCACACCGUAGGCCACACCGUGGACCACACCGUAGGCCACACCAUGGGCCACACCAUGGACCACACCGUGGACCACAUCAUGGACCACACCGUGGACCACAUCAUGGACCACAUCAUGGACCACACCGUGGACCACAUCAUGGACCACACCGUAGGCCACACCGUAGCCCACAUCAUGGACCACAUCAUGGACCACACCGUAGGCCACACCGUAGGCCACAUCAUGGACCACACCGUGGAACACAUCAUGGACCACAUCAUGGACCACACCGUAGACCACAUCAUGGACCACAUCAUGGACCACACCGUAGACCACAUCAUGGACCACAUCAUGGACCACACCGUGGACCACAUCAUGGACCACAUCGUAGACCACACCGUAGGCCACAUCGUGGACCACAUCAUGGACCACAUCAUGGACCACACCGUAGGCCACACCGCGGGCCACAUCGUGGACCACACGGCGGGCCACAUCAUGGACCACACCAUGGGCCACACCGCGGGCCACACCGUGGACCACACCGCGGGCCACAUCAUGGACCACACCAUGGGCCACACCGCGGGCCACACCGUGGACCACACCGCGGGCCACAUCAUGGACCACACCAUGGGCCACACCGCGGGCCACACCGCGGGCCACAUCAUGGACCACACCACAAACUCUUUAGUGCUCAGACCCAGCCAUGCGGGGUUAAAGUCAGCGGUGCGGGGGUCCGGGGGGUGCGGGGGUCCGUGUGUGUACGAGGCAGUGCCAGACGGGGGCUGGGGCUGGGCGGUGGCUGUGGCCUUCUUCUUCGUUGAGGUGUUUACUUACGGGACCAUCAAGUCUCUGGGGGUGUUCCUCGAGGACCUCAUGACAGAGUUUGGGGAGAGCAACAGCAGAGUAUCCUGGGUCAUCGCAAUCUGCGUCUUCAUCGUCACAUUCACAGCCCCUCUGUCCUCGGUGCUCAGUAACCGGUUUGGGUACCGUCCCGUAGUGAUGUUGGGGGGUUUUCUGGUCAGUCUGGGUACCAUCAGCUCUGCUUUCGUCUCCUCCAUCAACGAGAUGUAUGUCACCAUCGGUAUCGUCUCAGGUCUGGGGUACUGCCUGGCCUUCCUGCCCACCAUCACCAUCCUGUCCCAGUACUUCAGCAGUAGGAGGUCCCUGGUCACCGCCCUGGCCUCCUCAGGGGAGUCCUUCGCCAUGUUUGUCUUCGCACCAGCCUUCAUGGCCUUGAAGGAGAUCAUCGGCUGGCGCCACUGCCUCGUCGUCAUCGGUCUCAUGCAGGCCUCCGUGAUUGGCUGCGGCGCUCUGCUUCGACCAAUCAUCAUCCGACCUGACCAGGAAGUGUCAGGGGAGGUGUCCAAUAAGGAGAAGCUGUCCGUUAAGCUGCAGACGGUCUACGAGCUGGAGAAUGAGGACACCCAGACCAACGUUAGCUCGGGGGAGUCUGAGGACUCGGGGGAUUCUGGGGUCACCUCUCUGUCCGCCUCCAGUGCUGACCUCCGGGCCGCCACAGCCGCACAGGACCCCUCAGAGACCCGGGCCCUCAUGGAGGACCAGGAGGAGAAGAACCAGGGGGGACAGGCAGCCCUUGGAACCCCACUGAAUCAGCUGGAGGCUGGGGAGAAAGAGCAGGGUGAGGUGGGUCCCCUUGUCCAACCCUCCAAACUUCUAGACUUUUCUGUGUUGAAAGAUGGAUCGUUCAUCUGCUACUCUCUGUUCGGUCUCUUCGCCACGCUGGGGUUCUUCGCCCCGUCUCUCUACAUCAUAGAGCUCAGUAAGAGCCGCGGCGUCCACCCAGAGAAGUCGGCCUACAUGCUCUCUGUAAUGGCGGUGUCCGAGGUCUGCGGGCGCCUGUCCAUUGGGGUCAUUUUAAACAAGGUGCGGAUGCGUAAGACCCAGGUGCUUCUGGGAUGUGUAGUUCUGCUGUGUCUGGUGCUGCUUGCCUUCACCCAGGUGACUGAGUUCUGGGGCCUGGCAGCCUGCUGCUGUCUCUAUGGCUUCCUGAUGGGCACCGUGGGCUCUACACACAUCCCCAUGCUGGCAGAGGACGACGUGGUGGGCAUAGACAGGAUGCCCUCGUCCGUGGGGGUCUAUGUGUGUAUCCAGAGCUUUGCUGGGUUGGCUGGACCACCGCUGGGGGGCCUGUUGGUGGACAAGACCCAGAACUAUGGCUCAGCCUUCUACUCCUGUGCUGUGGGAAUGGGCCUGGGCGCCAUCUUCCUCGCCAUGGUGGGGCCUGCCAAGUCUGGCCUCUGCCACCGCGGGAAGACGAGAAAACAGGAGGAGGAAGGAGGAGAGGAGAGAGGAGGAGGAGAGGAGGAGGAGAAGGUUUCUCAGGACAGUGGAUCAACAGAUUAUCUAGAUGUUGAUCUGGUUGAGGAGACCAGUCCGGCUAAAUGGUCCCCAAAACAGGAGACCAACGCGGUCUGAACGCGGUUGAAUAGCUUAGACAGAACCACAACCAGGCCUCCUUUGGAUGUUCUGAACUCAAUGGGACGACCUGGUUAAAUAAAGGUUGACUAUAAAUACAUGACAGCGUUUUGCCGACCGCUGAAUGGAGAACAAACACGCUGCCUAACUGACCGACCAAGGAGAACCUCGACCACUAGAUAAUCACAGGUGGUUAGAAUGGAGAGCAAACACCAACCAUCUAGCAAAUAAGAGAACACACACGCUGUCAAACAUGCUACUGAGAGACUGAGUGCUGGACAAUCAUCUCUGUGGUACAGAAUGUACACACACACACACACACACACACACACACACACACACACACACACACACACACACACACACACACACACACACACACACACACACACACACACACACACACACACACACA